CAUUUGUUUUUCUUUAUUUAUAAUUAGCUUUUUAGAUUUCAGAUUUAGCUUCGUUUUGACUUCAGCAUCCUGUAUAUCUAUUAGUGCAGGGGUAGGCGGGGCAGUUAAAGCCCGCCCCCUCUUUAAGAGGCUGGGAUUCGAAAGUGUUGAUUGAUCGAUCUAAAAUGUUCGAGUGGGAGGAGCAAGAUCGAUUCUCAUUCGAGGAUUCAGAAAGAUUCGAAGAGGAUUCUCUUUGCUCUUGGAUAUCUGAACCUGAAAGUGUGGUCAACAACUGGAGAGGAUGGAGAAAACAAAGUUCAUUCAUUGGACGGAAUUUCUUCUCACGUCACCAGGACAAGGACGGAAACGUCCUUUCUCUGACCGAACUGGCUGCGAGAGAGGUCGCGAGCUCUAUACCCUUCGAGGCCGUGGAGCAGGUGUUUCCUCCUGUCCCUGAACCUCUACAGCUGAGGAUAGCGUUCUAUAGUUUCCCAGACCUGGAGGAGGAUAUCCGUCUUUACUCUUGUCUAGCUCAUGGGUCAGCAGAUGAAUUCACACGGGGAGAAAACCUUUUUAAAAACAAGGCUGUGAAAGAGCCUCUACAGAUUGGAUUCCAUCUCUCUGCUACAGUUUCUAACGGGAGUCCUGGUAGUGGGAAACCUUCCCAUUCUACCAGUGUAACCUUUGACAGGAAGAAAAUAGUUUCUGUGCAGUGUAGUUGUGGUUCUAGUGCUGAGUGGUGUUGUCAUCUUGUCGCUCUCUGUCUUCAUAGGAUACAUCUAGCUGAGAGUGUUAAACUCCGUGCUCCGGUUAGUGAAUCACUCUCCAGGCUCAAUAGAGAUCAGCUCCAGAAGUUUGCUCAGUAUUUGAUAUCGGAGCUGUACCAGCAGAUAUUACCAACAGCACAGCGGUUACUCGAUGAUCUUCUCUCGGGUGCUCAAACCCUGGAUAUCAACGCUGAACCCGGCGCACCGGACCCAACUGCUGGAGGAUCUGUUGGAGAACUAUCUGCCUGGUGUCUGGAUUCUAAAAAUCUACGGGAUAAUAUUAAAAAAAUACUCAUCAAGUUUUGUAUGCCUGCUCCGAUAGUAUUCUCUGAUGUAAACUAUCUAUCUACUACAGCUCCUCCAAGUGCGCAGGAAUGGUCGUCUUUUCUCCGUCCUCUCAGAGGUCGAGAACCUGAAGGAAUGUGGAACCUCUUGUCUAUAGUUCGUGAGAUGUAUAAACGUAACGACAGGAACUCUCUUCCUUUGCUCGAGAUUGUCACAAUACAAUGCCUUGAGACUGCUCAGAUGAUGAUCUGGUGGUUUAACACUAAGGUUGCGUUCCAGCAGGCCGGCCAGAGCAAACAUAAUGUUAACAGUAACUCUCAGGCGUCUCAGAACGCUUGCAGCAGUAUGUGCGACGAGAUAGUUACACUUUGGAAGCUGGCAGCGCUCAACCCUUGUAUAUCUCCAGUAGAGAGGGAAACCUUGAAGAAGAGACUCAUCCAUUAUCAUACAACAGUAGUAGAUAAGGUUGAAACCAACCAAGGAAACAUGACAGCGGGAAAUAAAGGAACUCAGAAGACCGGAAAAUUAAGUGAUGUAGAAAUAUUCACAGGGUUUAAACCUGCCAUUGAAGCUUGCUUUAUGGACUGGGAGGACUACCCUAUUCCUGGAGUAACGUUUGGUAGGAACCCUAAAUAUCUGUGCCCGUUUACUGUGUUCAAACAUCCUUCUGAUACAGAGGACGGGUCAGGACGAGCUGGUUGUGGUCAGGUCAACUCAAGCCAAGCUGUUCUACGCUGCGAGUUUCCUGGUGUAGGAACUCACAGACCUAGAUCAGGACACGAGCACAGACCUAGGACACAGAGUGAAACCCUUGGAAGGAUUGGGGAGGCUCUUGUAAGGUCUUCAUUGAGCAGUGAGGAGAUGCCCUCCGAUGAGGGAGUAGAAGAAGCUCCGUCACAGUCGGAGGGAGAGGGAGCAGAAGGAGGAGACGACAAAUUUCCGGAAUUUAUCGGAGCCUCUGCUAUAGCUGCACAAAAAUCCAAAGCUCUGAAGGAUGGAGAAAAACUUGGAGAUGAAUCCUCUCCAGAAAGAGAUAUGGAAUCCGACUGGUCCAGCGGACAGAGUGAAGCUCAACAGAGGAUUGAAGAAACUAGAGAACCUGAACUUCCUGCUCCAAUACCUGCCUCUGAUCCACAGGAUUAUAGAGUCUACUUUUAUGAUCCCAAAGUUCCAGUUUCAACACAGAACGAGGAUGGGAGCAAGGAAGAAGUUGAUAUAUUCAAAAACCUGAGAAAAAUCGAAGAUUCUUGGGAAAUUCUGUUCAUGCGCGCAGAAGGCAUUCACGCGCAUGGUUACCACUCGCAUGCUUGCGAGAUGGCGGUUAGACUUGCUUUAGAUAUGCUGAAAAAUCCGCCAGAUCUCAUUACAGAUGCGCCGCCGAUCUCCUUUAAGGGCAAGAAACGGCGUGCAUGUGCGGCGUCUCAUCAAAUAACUCACACUGCCUCCACCACACUUACUCACUGCGCCUUUAUCUGUACUGUACUCAGCGAGACCGCACAAACCCCCAACCAUCUCUACCUGGCUUUUCAAAUAGGAAUGUUUGGACUAGAGAUGGCCCGCCCUCCAGCCUCCACUAAACCAAUGGAAGUUAAACUGGCGCACCAGGAGUCAGAGUUAGUUGCUCUGCUAAAGCGUUUACCCCUUGGUCAAGCAGAACUUGCAAUUGUAAGGGAGCGUGCUAUUCAGCUACGGGAAGGAAGUUUAAGAUCUCGCGGAGAAGCUCUUCUUCCAAUGAUGUUGUCAAGCUUUAUUUUUGAAUCUUUAGUGUUAACUUCUGGGAGCAAGAAUAACUUUACCAGUUCAAGAGUUUCUGGAGAUGAAAUUCUAGGAUUUGAAGCGGCUGUAGCGGCGAUAGGACUUAAAGCAAAUGUCAGUGAAGCUGACCAUCCUUUGUUGUGUGAAGGUACCCGGAGACAGCGAGGAGAUCUUGCUCUCAUGCUCCUGGUCAACUACAAGGACGACCCGGAAAAAUUAGCAAAAAUAAUGGAUAAACUGUUGGAUAAGGAUAUUCAUCAGAUGUGCAAAUCUCCCCUACUUCCCAAUUACUAUACUUGUAGAUCAGGAACUAAUGCACAGCAACAGAUGUCCGUUAAUGUACCUCCACCUGGUUAUCCUGCCAACAAUCCCAACCAACCACCGCCUCAGCAGAACCUGGCUAAUGAAAUGGUAAACCUUCAUCUUGGUGCCCGGCCUAGGGACAGGGUUAGACGAGCAUCUCGAGAGAAUCAGCAGGAUGGAGCUGCUGGGGUUAGGAGACCCGAGGGAGCUUCUCCACCGGAUUGGGAUAGUUACAAGGCCUGGGAGGCUAAGUUUAGAUGCACAAACCUUAGAACUAACAAACCAAGAACUCCAGGACACCACAUGGCCAGUAUUGACAGCUCGGCACCGGAGACAGCAAGCUCUGACAAUUCUCCAACGAUGGUUAGACGGUUCCGCCCUCCUCCAUCAGAUAGCGGCAGUAGCGGAAACUCCAGUGACAGCAGUGGAUCAAGGUUAGGUAGACCUCGGAUUGAGUCUCCGAGUCAAGGAAUAGUACCACCACCUCAGGUUCAACCUAACAGAACAGAGCAAAGUUUUGUCAACUAUCCAAUGCCUGGACCUGCAGUCUCGAUGAUGGAGAUGACAAACCUAACAAGAACCACUCUACCUAACAUAAAGGUUACAAGAUUCAAGGGUAAGCGUGCUUAUCCUUCAGUUCCCAAUCAGCCAAGUGAGGCAAGCGCGCAUUUUAUGUUUGAAUUGGCAAAGACAGUUUUAACAAAAGCUGGGGGUACCUCCACCACCUCCUUGUUUACAGAAAAUACUUCAAAUCAGAACCCUCGAGGACCCCAACGGGCCCUGCACAUGUGCGCAUUUCAGAUUGGACUUUAUGCUCUGGGUCUGCACAACCGUGUGAGCCCCAACUGGAUUUCAAGAACAUAUUCAAGCCAUGUGUCAUGGAUCACUGGACAGGCUAUGGAGAUCGGAGCUACAGCAAUACGGUUCCUAAUCGGGACAUGGGAGGGUCAUCUUACUCCUCCGGAGGCUGCAAGUAUAGCAGACAGGGCAAGCAGAGGUCGUGACGCAGGAAUAGUAACUUCUGCUGCAGAGCUUGCUCUUUCUUGCCUGAGUCAGGCGCAUGCUUUAAACCCUAACGAGAUAGCUCGGGCUAUCCUUCAGUGUAAGGAGCAGAGUGAUCUUAUGUUGGAGAAGGCUUGCCUGGCCGUAGAAGAGGCUGCACGAGGUGGAGGAGUUUAUCCUGAAGUUAUGUUUACCGUAGCUCGGCAUUGGUAUGAGUUGUGGAAGACGCGAACCCCUGGAACAAGACAGGAGGAUAAUGACGGAAGACAUCCUCCGACCUCCGGAGCAGAGUGUGUUCAAAAUAUGAACAAUCAACUUCAUCUCUCACAACAACAACAUCAACAGCAGCAACUACAACAGCAACAACAACAGAUGGCUGGACACCAGAUUCCUGGUCUACCCAUUGCAGGAAACCAUAUGCAAGUAGGGAUGCAGUUCCCAAUCUACUCCCUGAUCCAGGGUUAUCCCAACUCCUUGCCUCCACAGAUACCUCUGCAGAUGCAGAUGUACGUGGGUCCGCCCCAUCAUCAUAUGUUGUCUGGUAUACCUGUAUCUACUCCCCAGGGAGGAUACGCUCAGUUUCCCGGCCUAGGGCCUGGAUUAGCCAACCUACCAGGUCUACAGAUGUUCCCUAACAUGCCGGAUGGAGGUCCCAGGUUUAAUAUGGCAGGAGGUCCUCUGUUCCAACUGGCGCUGCCGAACCUCCAGGGGAUGUCAAUGCCGCUUCUCCCUACCCCACCCACCUCCCAGCAUAUACAGCAGGGAGUCCCUCUUCUUCCUCAUCCUGCUCCAGCAUCAUCUCCCAUGCAACCUCCAGGAGUACCCUCUCCCUCCUCUCCAGCAAACCAUCAUGGUGUCACAGGAAAUGUUGUUUAUCAAAGAUAUCUUCUCUCAUCUUUUAGAGUUGGUAUGCUGGCUCUUGAAACUCUAGGUAGACGGGUAUCCGAGGAUAGACCUCAGAACAAGUUUACUAGAAAUCCUAGCUACGCGGAUGAUGUCAAGUGGUUGCUGAAUGUUGCAAAGAAAAUUGGUUUGCCUUAUCUGCAAAACUUUCUGAUGUGUGUCAUGGCGACCGUGGUUUCUCCUUAUCUCCUACAGGAUCUGACUUGGGAGUGUGGCUGCUUCCUUGCAGCUGCUCCCCCAGGAACCUCUGCAGGUUCUCAGCAGCAUUUUGUUAACGCCGUUAUUCAGCAGAUUAGAACUCAACCUUAUCUAACCUCUUUAGCUCAGAAAUGUUACCAGACGUAUUACCAAUGCAUCCAUCAGAAGGUUUACCAUCUCACCCCAGGAGAAUAUGAUGAUUUUACAGCUAUCAUCAUUCACGCUAGAAAGGCGUUCCUUUGGACUGGUAACGGACAGAGUGAGUUCCAGAACCUGUUGAGUUCCUUGAGAAGAACCAAGUCUUGUAAGAAGGAACUCUGGGCCAAGAUUACAACUGCUGUUCAGAACGCGAGCAUGACGAGUCCUCCUCAGUAGAAAAUAUAAAAUUUAGGAAAAUUAUAGUUUUAUUGUCGAGAACUUUGUUCUCAAUUUUCAUCAUGGUUUUCUAUUCAUCUCCGUUCUAUCCUUAUCAUUCCUAAACCUUAGUUCCAGUGCUCGAAUCCUAAGCACUGCUCAAUCCACAAUUUUCCUUGAAUCCUGCCGAAUAAUGUUUUUUUUUCAACAGGGAGAGUUGUUAAUAAUGAAUAAAAAUAGUAUUCAAUCGUAUUAGAUAUAUUAUAAACUUGUAUUCUGAAAUAGGGGUAGCUUAAAUUCUUUCCAUCAUGAUCAUUGAACAAAAAAUAUUAUUUAAGUUAUGAAAAUUAUAUUUUUUCUUCUAUUAUUGCGAGAUAAAUUAUUGCUCCCCCCGCGUCGUAUUAGUAUAUUUGUUUUCUUGCUUCCUGGCCACAGAUUUAACAUGUCUAGCGCCAGGAUUAAAAAUAAGACUGAAAUAAUUCCGAAAUAAUAUUUUAACACUUAGUUUAAUUUCUGGCUGUAAGUCGUAAUAAUAAUCUAUGUAUGUUCGGAA